GCUUUCUGGAAGUAAUGAAAGCUUGGAUUUUACACGAGUUUACAACUGUAGCGCAUCUCCACAAACGAAAUUCUCCGGAGCAGAACAACACGACCUAAAAUUUCAGAAGAAAAAAGGGGAACGAAAUUUGCUCGGAAGCCUAAAUUUUGUCUCUUCUCGAUCUUAAGAUUGACGGUUUUACAUGUUUCAUGUUUGAUCUUAUUCUUAUUCGCAUUGCGGUGCGUUCGUUGUAUUAGCGAAUUUGGGAUUUAUUUGAUUUCUAGGGUUGGAUUCUGUAGGGAAUUGGAAUUUAUUUGAUAUCUAGGGUUGAAUUUUUUAGGGAAUUGGGAUUCACUUCUCUCUUUGAUUUUGAAUGUUACUCUAGAUACAUAUUGUUUGGCUUUUAGUAUGGGUGGAUGUACGAUUUGUUUGUUUCAGAUCGAAUGAAACGAGAUCGUAAAAUCAUCGUUACGAAGAUUUUAGGGAGUUCUAUUCCGAAGGGACGACAAAUUCACGAAGAGAAAUGGGCAUAUGUUGGAUUUUAUUGUCAAUUUGAGAGCGUGAAAUGGAUAGAUAAUAAGUCCUUUAUUGUUGGGAAAUCGACUGUUCUUCACUCCACGAGUUCGUAAUUUAUAUUUGGUUUAUACUGAAAGAAGUUGGGUUCUGUUGAAGUUAGGACCGAGUGAGUGGUGAAGUCAUGUUCUAUGGUGCAUUGGUAUGGGAUCCAUGGCUAAUUGUUGCCCAAAUUGUUUGCCUUCAAUGUUUGUAUUACCUGACUCUUGGCAUUCUGCUGGCGACUCUAGUUGGGACUCGUGUUUCUCGAAUCAGCCUUGUUUACUUCUUUGAUUAUGCUACACUAACUGUCUCUACGGCCACUGGUUUGUGUGUUAUUGCUUCAUUCCUGCUAACUGCGCUUGCUGGGGCAGGAUUUUUGGUUUAUUUGAUUGAAAGAGCAAAGAAGUGCUUAGAUUUUGCGGCCACACUCUAUAUACUCCACCUUUUCAUCUGUAUCGCUUAUGGAGGGUGGCCUUCGUCGAUGACAUGGUGGGUUGUGAAUGGUACAGGGCUUGUAGUGAUGUCUUUGCUGGGUGAAUAUCUGUGUAUCAAACGUGAACUGCGAGAGAUUCCCAUAACACGAUUGCGUUCGAAUGUUUGAGCUUUUAGGGAAGUUCAAAUUGCAAGAACCACCUGUUGAUGUGUGUGAAUUUCAGUGGCCUAUCUUAUUAAAUCUGCCUAGCCAGAUCAAAUUAGUAUCAAGGAAGAAGAAUCUCUUUGAGAUAUUGGAAAAACUGGCAUUAUUGGUGCACUGGAUUAUUAUAAACUAGUGUUUCAAAUGAUUGGAGGGUUUACAUGAGUUCCAUGAAGUUCUUGGGGGAAAGAGCUCACUUUCAUAUAGGCAUAUGAGCUCGAUUCAUUUGUUCUUUUCUCUUUUUAACUCCUCACACGGAUGAGUUUACAGCUUAGUUUGGAAAGGAAACUUCUUUAUUCUCUUUCUUUCUUGCUCUUCUGAAGUUUCAAUGACAGUGAAAAGCCAUGAUGAUGAUAAUCAGAAUUUAAUAUGGAAACUAAAGGAGAAUUCUGUUGGAUUGCUUUUGUUUUCUAUUAUUGCUUUGAUACU